GCAGACUGGGGCAGCUUGGUCAAGAGUUGGUCCAGAGCUUGGUCAAGAGUUGGGGGUCAGCUGGCCAGAAUAGUACAGAGCACUCUGGGCCCAGAGUGAGGGUCCUGAGUGCCAUCCUGCAGUGCCACCCAGCCUUGCAGCAGCCCACUUAAACACCCCCAGGCUGGGGGUCAGUCAGUGCAGGGCCUUCUCCAGGCCCUCAAUCCAUCCUUUAAUUCAGUGCAGCCACUUAAGCUGCAGCUCACGGGUGAGCUGUGAUGUGAGUAGGGGAUGCAGGCUCUCUGGCUGUGACUAGGUGGUUGAGAUCUGCCCACAGCCAAGCUUAGGGUGCCUGGAUGCUGGCUUUGUCUCCUGCCCCCCUAGCCAGAGAAUGGCACUUUUCUGUGCAGUGUGCUCUGCUUCCAUGCUAGGGGAUGCUAGCCUUGGACUGAAGGCUUUAUUAGCUCACACCCCAACUUUGUGGGAAGGGGUCCAGGCAAAGGCCAAGAAUAUCACAGUCUGGCCUGCACAGAGUGAGAAAGGAGGAAAGGGGAGGAACCUGCCUUGGGGACUUGUCUCGUUCUUGGCUCUGCUCUGAAGCUCCUGCUGGCCUCCUUCCUACCAAGACCUGGGCCUGCCUUUCCCUCUUGCCCUUCUCCUGGCUUCUCUCUAAUAAUGGCUUUGGGUUGACCUUUGGAUCUAAGAUACCUUUGUCUUGAGCAAAAAGUUCUGGAAGAGGGAGUUGUCCUUUACAUACACCCCUGACCUGCUGAGAAUGUUCCGUAGCUGAGGCAAGUCCACAUUCUAAGGAACUAUUAGUAGCCGUGAUGGCAGGACUACUUUCCUGAGAGGAAAAGCCAGGUACCAUGGCAGCAGGUGGUUACCGUGAGGGCCCAGUGAAAGGGGCCUGAGCCGAAAGCUGAGAAAGUAGUGGCCACCCCUCUGGGCCCCAGGGGUAGGGAAAAGAGAAGCAGCCAUGACCUUUGGCUCUGGGUACUGGGAUAUUCUCAAGGCUGGAGGUUGGGGGUUGCCUACGGCAGGGCAGGUGCCUCCAACUCCUUACUAGGUGCUGCACUGAAGGAAAGGGGCCAGCAUGACUGGUCAGCAGUCUAGAUUUGCAAAUAGGACUCCACGAGUUGUGGCACAGUGUGCACGUUUUCUGCCCUGUCCUGCCCUGGGGACAGGGUCUCCAGGGUUCUCUUGAGGGACCAGAGAAGCCAAUGAGGUUUGGCCAGAGGCUCUAUGACCCACCAAAGCUAGGGCCCUAGCCUUGGCAGUCCAUACUCUGUGAAAUAACUCAAUCGGGAAACACAGGGCAUUGAAGGCCUGGAAGUCCAGGCUUAACACCCUCUCAGGGGAGAGACAAUGAGGAAGAAACCAUGGCCAAAGACUAGCAGGGAUGGAGGUGCCAGAGGGAACAGAAACAACCAAAAUGAUCCCAAGAAGUUAAUAGUGGGAGGAGAGGGAAAGGCCCCAAGUCUUAGAAUGUGUGUUUGUGGGUGCAGAAGAGGGGUGCUCUGCAAGAAAUGGAAGUUGAGGCGCUAAGAAGGAGAACGCUGGGAAGGUCGUGGCGAGAGACUGAGAAGCCCAGAUGGCUCAAUUCAUCACGAGUAGCUGCUUGGGGCUGAAGAGAGGUUUGGGUCAAUCUUUAGAGAGGACAGCCUCUAGGGAGAGUCUUUGGGAGGGUCCCCUCAAGGUAAAGGGACAAGACCGGGGUGAGACCUGGAUCCCAGCACAGGAGGUGGAGUGUUUCCGGGUCUCAGUGGCAACACAUUUGUGUUACAUUACAUUCUCACAACAACCAUGAGAGGGACCGUUAUUGUUCCAUUUCACAGAUGAGAAGACCAAACCUUAGUGCUCUGAAGUCACUAAUGCAAGGCCCCACUGUCCAGUCACUUGUGGAGCCAGUGAAUUCACACCACCUGACUCCAAACCUGUAGGCUCUAAGAGCCCACUGACAUCCUCUCCUUUCUCUGCCUUCCUCCAUGACCCUCCUUUUCCGCCUGCCUUCUUGGUCUCUGCUGCGGGGGGCCAACCUGGAUCUUGGGGUCCAGUGUCCUGCCAUUAGUCAUCUGAUACCCAGGCACUAAGCCCACCUGGAGGGAUAAGGCCCACACCGGCCACGGGGUGGAGGAGAGUCGGUGUCGGAUUUAGGGCGGGGCUGAGCCAAGCCCAGGGCCGCGGAGGCCGUGGCUUCAGCACCGCGGAGAGCGCCAUCUCCGGGGGUGGGGCUGGCGGGUGGGGGCGGGGCCGGGGCGGGGCGCGCGAGACCCCGGCCGGGGCCCGGGGGCGCGCGCAGGGGCGCUCUCGCCAGUCCCGCGAGCCGUGCGCGGUGCGGUGCCGCGCCCUGCCAGACACAGGUGCGCCCGCCGCGCCCGCCUAGCCUGAGCCCUGCGGCGGCGGCUGCCCCCUCGCCGCGCCUCCGCCUCCUUCGCAGCCGCCGCCUCCUCCGCGCCGCGCUCCGCCCGGAUGGCCAGGGCUGUGCCGGAGAAUGGCGGAGCGAGAAAGCGGCGGCCUGGGCGGGGGGGCCGCGUCCCCGCCCGCCGCCUCCCCGUUCCUGGGGCUGCACAUCGCGUCACCUCCCAAUUUCAGGCUCACCCACGACAUCAGCCUGGAGGAGUUUGAGGAUGAAGACCUCUCGGAGAUCACUGAUGAGUGUGGCAUCAGCUUGCAGUGCAAAGAUACCCUGUCCUUACGGCCCCCGCGCGCCGGGCUGCUCUCUGCGGGCGGCGGCGGCGCGGGGAGCCGGUUGCAGGCCGAGAUGCUGCAGAUGGACCUGAUCGACGCGGCGGAGGACACUCCCGGGGCCGAGGACGACGAGGAGGACGACGACGAGGAGCGCGCGGCCCGGCGGUCGGGAGCGGGGCCGCCCAAGGCCGAGUCCGGCCAGGAGCCAGCGUCCCGCAGCCAGGGCCAGAGCCAAGGCCAGGGCCAGGGCCCGGGCAGCGGGGACACGUACCGGCCCAAGCGGCCCACCACGCUCAACCUCUUCCCGCAGGUGCCGCGGUCUCAGGACACACUGAAUAAUAAUUCUCUGGGCAAAAAGCACAGUUGGCAGGAUCGGGUGUCUCGAUCAUCCUCACCCCUGAAGACAGGGGAGCAGACGCCGCCACAUGAACACAUCUGCCUGAGCGAUGAGCUGCCCCCCCAGAGCAGCCCCGCCCCCACCACAGACCGGGGCACCUCCACCGACAGCCCUUGCCGCCGCAGCACAGCCACCCAGAUGGCACCUCCGGGUGGUCCCCCUGCUGCCCCGCCUGGGGGUCGGGGCCACUCGCAUCGAGACCGAAUCCACUACCAGGCCGAUGUGCGACUAGAGGCCACUGAGGAGAUCUACCUGACCCCAGUGCAGAGGCCCCCAGACCCUGCAGAGCCCACGUCCGCCUUCCUGCCGCCCACUGAGAGCCGGAUGUCGGUCAGCUCCGAUCCAGACCCCGCUGCCUACCCCUCCGCGGCAGGGCGGCCACACCCCUCCAUCAGCGAAGAGGAGGAGGGCUUCGACUGCCUGUCGUCCCCCGAGCGGGCUGAGCCCCCAGGCGGAGGGUGGCGGGGGAGCCUGGGGGAGCCGCCGCCACCUCCACGGGCCUCUCUGAGCUCGGACACCAGCGCCCUGUCCUACGACUCGGUCAAGUACACGCUGGUGGUGGAUGAGCACGCACAGCUGGAGCUGGUGAGCCUGCGGCCGUGCUUCGGAGACUACAGUGACGAGAGUGACUCGGCCACCGUCUACGACAACUGUGCCUCUGUCUCCUCGCCCUAUGAGUCGGCCAUUGGAGAGGAAUAUGAGGAGGCCCCCCGGCCCCAGCCCCCUGCCUGCCUCUCCGAGGAUUCCACGCCUGACGAACCCGACGUCCAUUUCUCCAAGAAGUUCCUGAACGUCUUCAUGAGUGGCCGCUCCCGCUCCUCCAGUGCCGAGUCCUUCGGGCUGUUCUCCUGCAUCAUCAAUGGGGAGGAGCAGGAGCAGACCCACCGGGCCAUAUUCAGGUUUGUGCCUCGACAUGAAGACGAACUUGAGCUGGAAGUGGAUGACCCUCUGCUAGUGGAGCUCCAGGCUGAAGACUACUGGUACGAGGCCUACAACAUGCGCACCGGUGCCCGGGGCGUCUUUCCUGCCUAUUACGCCAUCGAGGUCACCAAGGAGCCCGAGCACAUGGCAGCCCUGGCCAAAAACAGUGACUGGGUGGACCAGUUCCGGGUGAAGUUCCUGGGCUCAGUCCAGGUUCCCUAUCACAAGGGCAAUGACGUCCUCUGUGCCGCUAUGCAAAAGAUUGCCACCACCCGCCGGCUCACCGUGCACUUUAACCCACCCUCCAGCUGCGUCCUGGAGAUCAGCGUGCGGGGUGUGAAGAUAGGCGUCAAGGCCGAUGACUCCCAGGAGGCCAAGGGAAAUAAAUGUAGCCACUUUUUCCAGUUAAAAAACAUCUCUUUCUGUGGAUAUCAUCCAAAGAACAACAAGUACUUUGGGUUCAUCACCAAGCACCCCGCCGACCACCGGUUUGCCUGCCAUGUCUUUGUGUCUGAAGAUUCCACCAAAGCCCUGGCAGAGUCCGUGGGGAGAGCAUUCCAGCAGUUCUACAAGCAGUUUGUGGAGUACACCUGCCCCACAGAAGAUAUCUACCUGGAGUAGCCGCGCAGCCCCGCCCUCUGCGUCCCCCGGCCCUCGGGCCAGUGCCCGGACAGCUGGCUGCUGACAGGAUGUGGCACUGCUUGAGGAGGGGCACCUGCUACCACCAGGGGAUUAGGAAGUGGGGGCUGCUGGCCCAGGGCAGGGGAGGGUGGGGCAAUGGGGAGAGGCAAAUGCGGUUUAUUGUAAUAUAUGGGAUUAGAUUCAUCUGUGGAGGGCAGAGUGGGCUGCCUGGGGAUUGGAAGGGGCAGGGCUUGGGGGGCAGGCCUCUGGCAGAGAAGGACGUCCGUUCCAGGAGCACACGGCCCUGCCCCAUCCUGGGCCUUACCUCCCCUGCCAGGGCUCGGGCGCUCUGGCUCCUGCCUUGAUGAAGCCUGUGCCACCUGCAAGUGCCCACCCUGCCCCGCCCCAACCCCCACCGAAGAGCCCUGAGCUCAGGCUGAGCCCAGCCACCUCCCAAGGACUUUCCAGUGAGGAAAUGGCAACACGUGGAGGUGAAGACCCUGUUCUCAGCUCCGUCAUUUGCGGGACUUUGGGUGGCUCCUGCCACUGACCUCACCGGCAUGCUGGCCUGUGGCAGGCCUAGGACCUCAGUGGGGAGGAGGAGCUGCCGCAAGGCCCUGUCCCAGCAGGAGAGGGAGGCUUCCUGACUGACACAGGCCAGCCCCAUCUCGGUCCUGUCACCCUGGCCCCAACUAUUAAAGUGCCAUUUCCUGUCUGGA